GCCCAUAUAGGGGGCGCUCUGGCCGUCUCCGUUCUCUCGCUGGUUUCGAUGGUCUCUGUGGUGUUUCCGGGUAGUGGGAUUGGUUGUUGUCGCUGAGCCCCGGGGUUUGGUUGUACGGUUGGCAGCUGAGGAGGCCACGGAGCCGGCACAAUGGGGAAGAGAGAUAACCGAGUGGCAUACAUAAACCCUAUUGCCAUGGCUCGGGCCAGGGGUCCUGCAUCAUCUGGAGGUCCCACUAUACAGGAUUAUCUUAGCAGGCCAAGACCUACUUGGGAAGAAGUUAAAGAACAAUUGGAAAAGAAGAAGAAAGGCUCUCGAGCACUGGCCGAAUUUGAGGAAAAGAUGAAUGAGAGCUGGAGAAAAGAGCUGGAAAAACAAAGGGAGAAGAUUAUCUCUGGCAAUGAGAUUUCCUCAAAAAAGAGAGAGAAAAGAAAAAAGCAAAAGAAGAAAUCUGGUGGGUUAUCUUCACCACCUUCUUCAUCAUCAUCUUCUGAUUCUCCCAGCAGUUCGGAGGAAUCUGAGAAUGAGAGCAAAAAAAGGCAAACAAAAAGAAAGAAGAAGAAAAAGUAUUCCCGUAAAUCAGACAGUAUUUCUGAUUCUGGCUCAGAAAGCAAGGACAGUGUGAAGAAGAAGAAAUCCAAAGAUGACCAAGAAAAAGACAAGGACACCAAAAUCAGAAAAAGAAAAAGGGAAGAUGACGACCACAGACAUUCAUCAUCUCAGUCUGGUUCUGAUACAGAGGAAGAGGUAUAUUGGAAAAAGAAAAAAAGCAGUGAAGAAAGAACACAUAAAGCCAACAAGAAAAAGAAGCACAAGAAACACAGCAAGAAGAAGAAGAAGAAGGCGGCCGCCUCAAGCUCAGAUUCAGACUAACACUUGUUUUCGAAGUGAAAGAUAUCUGAACUCAGUAUGUGCAAUGACAUAUUUCAGACUGUGAACACACACGGCAUGCUUUUUUUUAACCAUAGCUAAACUGAAGCUAGAUCUACAUUGGGUUAUUUAUAAGACUGAUGUGCUCAUCGGUGAUUUAGAAGUUCUUUUUAGGGACUGUUUCAGGAGAAGGGGCUGUAACCUAUAUGCAAGGACUGGAGCGGAAAUAAUCACAUCAUUUCACUGAAAGAGAUUCCAACAACUCACAUGGUAUUUUGAAUUAGAAUAGAGAAAAUGGACAAAAUUACACCGAUCUCAAUAUAUUAUUUUAUUACGUUUAUUUCCUUAUGCAAUACAGCAUUGCACACAUUCAUUCCAUUUACAUUCAUGAUAGGGAGCUGCUACAUGGCUAUAAUAAAUGACUUAAUAGCAAUUAGCGGAAAAACACUAUUGUGAUCACCCUUAGGGCAGAGACACACUUGGAGAUUUAGUUGCCCCGGGCGACAAAUUGCCUCUUCUUCGGGCGACUAAUCUCCUCAAACUGCCUUCCUGCCGGCUAGAAUCUAAAUCAGCGGCGGUAUGGCACUCAGCGCUUCUUUUUACAAAACCUCGGAAAAUGAAGAGCUCAGAGCGCCAUCCCGCCAGCGAUUCAGAUUUUAGCCGGCGGAAGAGCAGUUUGGGGAGAUAAGUCACCCGAAGAAUAGGCGAAUUGUUGCCGGGCGACGAAUCUCCACGUGUGUCUCUGCCCUUACUGCUGUUCCGUUUUAGUAAAACAAGGCUACUUCUAUACAGACAUAUGUUAAGUAAGGAAUAAUGUGCUCUGCAUGCAUUGAUAGCUAGUUUGCACUGAUACAACACUACUAAAGCUCAGUUGCAUCAGUUUUGUCAGAGCCCUGGCAAGUGCUACACAGAUAAGCCUUUGCCUGUGUUCCGUCAGAGCCUGUGCCAUGAGAAACCAGAGCAGAGUUUGUGUGUAUCAGCCCAAGGCAAUCCCUUAAUGAGCUGGCACUUAAUGACAAGAGGUAUAAAUAAAACUUUUGAAUUGGA